AUAUCUAUUUAUUGAUGUGCACACUAUGCGUUUGAAUAUUAAGUAAUAAAUUGCCAGUAUAUAGACAGUGUAGGAUAGUAUUGUGAUACAAAUCAUCUUAAAUAUGUGUUAUACUGCCAUAAAUGUGGGUUCAAAUUGAAAAAAAAUAAUAAUAGUAGCCAUUGAAUCAGAUUUCACUAUCAUGUGAACUAUCAACUAUGAACUACUAUCUAUAAUGUACAUACUAACACUCUCGCGUGUAAAAUUUUUAUUCGGAUUCGGUAUAGCUUGCCUACUGGUGCAGCUAUUAUUUGUCUGUUACUACAACGAAACAACACGUCCCUUCUACAAUUUAUUCACUAGUAUAGUAAACUACAAUCUAUCUACUAGUAUAGUAAAAUACAAUGUUCCACCAACCAGCCCUGGGCCAAACCCUCGCCUCAACCUUUCUAGUAUUCUGGAUAUGGUUGAUCAUAAAAUUCAAGAUAAUGAAAUAAAAGUCAAUCAUCUCUUGUUGUGUCCAGAAAUACCACCAGCGUUAAAUGAAACAGUGUCUUUGAUUACACCAGCUCGGGAGAAGUUGGAAGAAGUGGCGCAACAGUUAGCAUGGCUGAGACUUUUUGAAGGAGGUCACCAAAUGCCUUUUGACUGCCAAGCUAGGAACAAAAUUGCGAUCAUAGUGCCUUAUAGAGACCGACUAUCAAACCUCUGUUGGUUACUUUUAAAUUUACAUCCGUUUUUAACGAAACAACAGUUGGAUUAUACUAUUUUUGUUGUAGAACAGUUCAAUGAGUCUUUAAUUGAACAAGACGGUGAACUAUUUAACCGGGGCAUGUUAAUGAACGUUGGGUUUACUGAAGCAUUAAAGUUAAACGAUUUUGACUGUUUCUUUUUCCACGAUGUGGACCUAAUACCACUGAAUUACAGAAACAUAUACAACUGUCCGGAUCAACCAAGACAUAUGGCAGUAGCUGUUGAUAAAUGGCGUUACAGUCUGCCGUACAAAGAAUACUUUGGUGGAGUUUUGGCCAUGAGUCAAGCGCAUUUCAAGCUGAUCAAUGGAUUCAGUAACAUGUACUGGGGAUGGGGUGCCGAAGACGAUGACUUGAGAAAUCGGGUCAUUGCUAAAAAACUCAAAAUCAUCAGAUACCCUCCGGACGUGGCACGUUACCAUUCGUGUUCACACAGAGUUCAAACGGCCAACCCUAAAAGGCGAGAGCUGCUUUUAAAAAGCUUCCUAAGAAUCGAAACAGACGGACUUAGCAGCCUCAAGUACAAGUUAAUUGCACUGAAGAAAUUUCAGAUGUUCACUUACUUACUGGUGGACCUAUCUAGUAAUCCCAUUUGAAGGACAAUAAUGAUGUGGUGCUAAUCAGC